ACAGAGCAAGAAAAGAUGUAGGGAAACAGGUUAGUACAGACAGUACGUACAAUACAAAGGACAGCAAUCUGAACGAAAGCCGUGACAGAAUCUCCCACCACAACAGGACCAAGCGGCGUGGUAACAGGCAACAGCGGCAGCAGGAGCAACAAAAUGAGGAAUGGACAUGGGAGGAUGUUUUGGAUGGCAAGGGUUGCUACACAUGGGAGGAAAUACUGGCUGGAAGAGAUCGCCUCCCAUGGGAACAGGUGGAGGCACUUAGGAGAGCAGAGGCAGCCGGAGAGAGGAGCCAGCGUUAUGAGGGAACACGGUUGGCAAGGAAGCCCGGGAGUCAGCCCCAAAAAUUUAUUGGGGGGGGCCUCACAGGGAGUAUGGCGACGCUAGGUAGGAGACCUACGCCAACUUCCUGUGGUUACCGGGGGGCUAGAGAGACCGGGCAGGUACCGUGUUAUGCUGUGGUGCGCACGGUGUCUCCAGUGCGGGUGCAUAGCCCGGUGCGUUCUAUUCCAGCUCUGCGUAUUGGCCGGGCUAGAUUGAGCGUCGAGCCAAAUGCCAUGAAGCCGGCUCUACGCAUCUGGUCCCCAGUGCGUCUCCUUGGGCCGGCUUAUAUGGCACCAGCCUUGCGCACGUUGUCCCCGGUUCGCCUGCAUAGCCCAGUGCGGGCUAUUCCACCUUGCCGCACUGGCAGAGCGACCGGGAGUAUUCAACCAGGUAAGGUUGGGCAGGCUCGGUGCUCAAGAGCUCCAGUGCGCCUGCACGGUCCGGUCUACCCAGUACCACCUCCACACACCAGCCCUCCGGUGGCAGCUCCCCGCACCAGGCUUCCUGUGCGUGUCCUCGGCCCAGUACCACCAGUGCCAGCUGCCGGAGUCUCCCGCCUGUUCAGCGCUGCCCGAGCCUUCCUCCUCUCCUGCGCUGCCGGAGCCUCUCGCCUCUCCAGCGCUGCCGGAGCCUUUCUCCUCUCCUGCGCUGCUGGAGUCUCCCGCCUUUUCAGCGCAGCCAGAGCCUUCCUCCUCUACAGCGCUGCUGGAGUCUCCCGCAUUUUUAGCGCAGCCAGAGCCUUCCUCCUCUCCUGCGCUGCCGGAUUCUCCUGCCUGUUCAGCACAGCCAGAGCUGCCAGCCUGCAUGGAGCAGCCAGAGCUGUCAGCCUGCAUAGAGUAGCCUGAGCUGUCAGCCUGCAUGGAGCAGCCUGAGCUGUCAGUCUGCAUGGAGCAGCCAGAGAUGCCAGUCUGCAUGG